AAGGGAAUGACAUGAAAACCCCGAGACCAUCACCACCGCACAUAGAAUUUAUAUCCGUUAACACAAGGGGCAUGUUUGGCUUUACAACGUAACCUUUCGCCACAACGUAAAUCCGAACUGCCCGCAGACAGUACGCCGACAGAGAAGAGACACAUUACCAUGGCUUCCACAGCGCCUCGAAUCCACCUGGUUGACAAGUCCGACUACACCAAGCAGAAAGUCGUGCCCCUUCCAGACGCAUACCCUCUCCCACCCCUACAGAAAGGCUUUAUCCGCAUCCGCAGUCGGAUUCUGUCCCUCACCACCAACAACUUUUCCUACGCGCGAUUCGGCGAAGAGCUGGGCUGGUAUAGCGUCUGGCCGACCCUUCCCUCCCUCUCCGCACCGUAUAACGACGCAACCAAGUACGGCCGUAUCUCGUCCUGGGGCUACGGCGAGGCCAUCGAGAGCGCCCACGAUGAUGUCCCUGUCGGCACGAAGCUGUUCGGCUACCUGCCCAUCGGCACACUUCCCGAGGACCUGCAAGUGAAGCCCAUGGAGGCACCCGGACACCUGCUGGAGGUGAGCGAGAGACGGACGGCCCGCGUCAUGCCGUUCUACAACCGCUACGUGUGCUACCCUCCCGACGUGGACCUAUCGGCCGAGCGGGGCGCCCGGGGCUUGGAAGCGCUGCUCCGACCGCUGUUCGAGGCGGGCUACCUGCUGAACCGGUACACUUUCGCGGGACCCGAGAGAAAGCCGUUACAUCCCCUAGGCCACGGCCUUCCGUGGACUGCCCAGCAAGCAGACAUCAGCGAUGCGGUGCUCGUGCUGCUUGGGGCGUCCGGCAAAACGAGCCUCUCGCUCGCAGACCAGCUUCGGCACGCGCGAACCGGAGAGGCUUUUCCCCGCAAAGUGGUUGCGGUGGGGUCGGAGGCGUCCCGCGGGUUUACCCAGCGCACGGGCCUCUUCGACGAGGUACUUCUCUACGACGACGUCGACAAGACGAACCUCGCCGCCGUCCUAGCGCUCGACAAGGCGACCAAGGUCGUGCUUCUUAAUUUCGCUGGGCGAGGCGAUGCGCCUGAUCGAUGGGCUUCCAGGUUGCGUGAACCCGGCGGCCCAUUUACGGGGCUUUCGGUCGGCGGAGAUCCCACUAAUACAGCCCCCGGCAACUUCAACGCGGAAGUGGACAAGGAGGGAAGUGGCGUCUACAUGGUGUCUGCCCCUACCUUGCGGGACGAUGCCAUUCUGGCGGAAGGUGAAGCGAAAUACUUCGAGUUCCUGGAUGAGGCGUGGACGCGAUUUAUUGAUGACAGAGGUGGUCUGCACGGAGUAAGCUUGAUGUGGCGCCAGGAUAUCGGAGCCUUCGAGUCAGACUGGGAUGGGUUAUGCAAAGGAAAAGGUCAAUAUGGCCCCGACAUCGGCUUGGUAUACGAAAUUUGAGUAGUCGUAGAAGAUAGGCAUAAUUAUAAGAUGUCUCAGCUCACGCCAUAUGUAGACACAAUUUUG